CGUCCCGUUUGCUUGGCGGGGGUCGAAUUAUUCUUGUUGGCUCCGUCGGAUUCGCGCAAUCUAAAUCCGGUCCCGGGCUCUGCCCACGAGGCAUGGGCGAUACCCAUCGCCGUCUGCUUCGCCGGAGUAGAAUGGAUAAGAGCGAAAGGCAAAACGGUGCAAGGGGCAAAAUGAAAUCCCGUGCGCAAUGAAGGAGGUUUCGUCGGAUGGCGGCCGCGAUCCACGCCAAAGCCCGAGCCAAGACUCGACCUCCAAGGCCAAGUCAUGCAAAGGAUGCCUCUACUACUCCUCGGUCCUCAGAUCCGAGGCCCGCAACCCGCUUUGCGUUGGCAUCACCAGGACCCUGCAACAAGUACCUAACUACACUGUAAAGGAAGCUGAGAUUGAAGCUACUAAAGAAGGUCAUAGCCUGUCAGAUUUCAAAUAUGCUUGUGUUGGUUACUCAGUGUUCUUGAGUAACAAAGAUAAUUCCAUGGAGAAGGGAGAGAAGCAAGCCGAGUUGCCAUUUUGUGCUGGCCUUGAGAUAUUAAUGGAUAGAAGAACAUCAACUGCUGAUCAUGUGCCUGCUCAUGUUCACAACAAGGAAGAUACUUCUGUUCAGUCUCAGCCACAAGGUUACAGACUACCGCAGUCAUCAGGGCAGGAUUUCUUCAGCAAGUUUGCUAGGAAUGCUGGACUGGUGGCUUCAGCUGUGGCCAGGAACCUUGUCAGAGUGGCCAACCAGAUUAAAGAUAACUUUGAUGACAUACUGUAUGACCGCAGGCGUCCCAAGUAGAAACUUGACCCCAAAUGUGCUAUCUGUCUUUGGAAGUAUGUAAGAGCACCAGGAUCUUUGUACAUUUUCAUUUUGCACUGAAUUUGUAUAAUUGCAUCCCAAGCAGAAACUUCACCCAAAGUGUACCAUCA